UGGCAAGGUAAGACCAAUUCGAGCAGACGCUUCAAAAGCACGAUUGGUGCAGCUUUGAGGAAAAGCUACGGUGGUCGUGCUGAGAGACGAAUCGUGCGUGUUUUGUGUAUGAGAAUUUUGGAAUUUCCCUUUAGUACAGAAACCAAAGUGAAGAAAUUUAGAAUAAUAUCGGUAAUCGCGGAAUUCAGUGAAUGCUCGCUUGUGUGUCGGAUCGAUGUAGAGCAAGAAAAAGACAAUUUAUACUUAAAAAAAGAAAAGAAAUGAAAAUGAAACAUUAAAAAAAGAUGACAGUGUGUGAUUGAUUGGAUUUUCAUUUUUGGAUCGGGAACAUUUUGUCAUACUACACACAAAAGUAAUAAAUUCAAGUUUACAGAAAAUUGAAAGGAAAACAAAUUCCGUGUAAAUGAUAAAGAAUAAAUAUUACAUUGAAGCAUGUUCAUCGAGAGAACACAGUGGUAGUGUCUAUGCUCAAAAUGUGUAACUGUAAUGAACUCAGUGAGACAAUGGAAAUUAGAUAAUUUUCAAACUGUUGUGUGGUUAAUUAAACGAAAAAAACAAGUUGUGCAAUUAAAAUAAAUUAAAAAAAAAUAUUUUGUCACAACUCAUCAGCUGAAUAAUGGGUUGUGAAUUGGGUAAAUUAGCAAAUAGUUCCAAGGCCGAAGGAAAUAACGCCUUCGGACCUAGUGAACCGCCACCACCAGCGGCACCGGAUCCAAGACUUCCGCUAACAGCUAGACAAAAGUACACCAUGAUUGCAUCGUGGAAAGGCAUCAGCCGUGCUAUGCAACCGACUGGAAUUUGUAUGUUUAUUAAGCUUUUUGAAGAGCACGGUGAUCUGCUAAAAUUAUUUAAUAAAUUUCGAGAAUGUAAAACAAAGGAAGAACAGUCGACAUCGGAGGAGCUGGCAGAGCAUGCUAACAAAGUUAUGGAAACAUUGGACGAAGGCAUUAGAGGAUUGGACGAUUUAGAUUCAUUUUUUGAUUACUUACAUCAAGUAGGCGCUUCCCACACACGUAUUCCAGGUUUUAAAGCAGAGUACUUUUGGAAAAUCGAAAAACCAUUUUUAUCUGCUGUGCAAACAACGCUAGGCGAUCGUUAUACCGACAAUGUCGAAGGCAUCUAUAAAUUAACAAUCAAAUUUAUAAUCGAAACACUGAUAACGGGUUUCGAGAAAAGUGCCAAUCCGAAUAGUGCUAAUGUUAACAAUAGUAGUAAUAGUAGGGACAAUACAACGUCGUGAGCAAUUAUUUAUUAAAAAAAAGAAAUGAAAAAAGAAGAGAAAAAAACUUUUAAUAAAAAUUAAGUUUAUGAAGACAAUUAAGAAAUCCGGUGAUUAUCUACACAAUUAGGUAGGUAAAAUCUGACAAAGAGAAAACUAAUUUAAAGAAGAAAAAAAUGAAAACUUUAUUUCAAUUUUAUCAAAAUGUACGAAAUAGACUCAUGCAUGCUAAACAUAAAACCAAAAUGUUAAACAUUUACUGGAAGAAUCCAUCAGUUACAACUUCUGAGUAGAAGACGACGAAGAAGACGUUUCUCAAUCGCACAAAAUUUCAGUUCGCAUGAAACAAUAUUGAUAUUGAAGAUGAGUAUAAUUUUAGAAUAAAAUAAAUGAAACAGAAAAUAAAAUCAAGAAAACAAAAACCAAAAACAAAAACAAAAACUUUCAUUCUACUAGCUGAACUCAUUUCUUUUAGAGAGAAUCCUGAUUUUUUUACAAAUAGACCAAGCGCCUAUUAGGCCCUCUCGUAAGACCACGGUUUGAAUUCUAUGACUCAUUGUAUUACCAUAACGGUACCCGAUUACUAAUGUUCUACCUCUCUUGAGCUUUUGAGCGAAAGGAGAGCCCCAACAAAGGAAUAUCCAGUGACUAUUUUUCGGAAAACAUUUUCCAAAUUUUUCAGUAAAAUUUCCCACUUUUGCCCUACAAACAUAUUUCGGAAAAUUUUGGGAAAAAAGGGAAAAUAUGGGAAAACGUUCUCCUAAAAAUGGUCCCUUGUAACAUCUCUGCCGUCUUACGUUGUUUGAAAUCCAAAUUGAUGUCAAGAUGACGGUGUACAAAUCGAAAUUCUAUGAUGAGAGACCGUGAGACAUACACCAGGCUUAUACUCUCGUUGGCAAGGCCAAUAUUCUCGGAAAAAAAUUCUCAAAUUUGUGUGAAAAACUUUUCUUAAAAAUUCUUGAAAAUAUUUUCGCGAAUAUAGGCUUGUAUUCGAAAACAAACGUGCCAACAAAACAAAUGUUUUCCAUAUUGGGUAGAGUAAUAACAUUGCAUAGUUUUCAAACCAUAGCCCUAUGACACGCACUUAGGCGCUCAGUCCAAACAUCGUACAUUUAUCCGGUUCCUUUUUAGAUCUCUUAGAUGUUGUUUGUUAUCUGUAUCCUCUCUUACGAAAAGUUGUUUAUGAAUCAUGUACUACUAUCUACCUCCAUACAAAAACUCUAACAAAAAACAAUCAUUCGAAAAUAAAACGAUAAGCUUUCGCUACGAAGCAUUUUCAUCAUUUAAAAAAAAUAUUAUUUUCACAUUCUCUCUCUCCACCCACGAGAUUGUCCGUUAAGUGACUGAUAAUUGAAUCAAACGAUAUAAGGUGAAAUAUAUGGGGUCCAUGGUCAAAAUGCUUUGAAUCAUCAUUUUCCAAAUUCUGAUUUUCAAUUGCUUUUGUCAAUUCAAUUCGUAAAUGUAUUUAUACGACAGAGGACUGGAUACACCAUCAGUGUUGUCAAAAAACGAAAAAUAUAUGCAAAUCAAUAUAUAUGUUGGCUUGGGGGGAAGUUUUACAGUCAAUUGCAUUAUAGAUAGGGCACAGAGAAGAAAUCUGAUUUUGAUAAUACAAGUCGUGUAUGUCAUAUAGCUUUAAGCGAAAUGUACAAUUGAUAUUGUUCUUUGAUAAGAAAAGUUAGUUUUUUUAUUCGACUUAUAUAUAUUUCAGUCAGAUCCCCUUUUUUAAUGUCACAUUUUCGUUCUAUGGACUCGUCUCUGUCCGGAUGGAAUUACCCAUUUCGAAGAAAGGUGUGUAGAAGUAAGUUCAAUUUUCACUCACCCAACAAAUCCCCUCGUGUGUAAAUCGUAACAAAUGAUUUUGUUCUCGUGUUGCUUGUUCUUCCUUUUCGUACUUCCUGGUUUGUUCCAUUUUAAUCGUUUAAUGAAAUCGACGUGAAAAAUAAUUUAUUGAUGGAUAACGUUUUGCAAAAAGUAAAAUUCACAAUUUCAAUUCAUUAUAAUUGCACUAAGACAUUACCUUUUAUAGAAAGAAAACUCAAUAAUGCGAGCGACUCAUUCCCCCGAAACAAACACGUAAAAGUGGGGGAGAUUUUCUCGUAAAUUGUACACUGAAAUUUUAAAAGAAAAAAAAAAGAAAAAAAAUGAAAAUUCUGUACCUCGACUUUCAAUCUGGAAAAUUUUUAUCAUAAAUGUAUCGUUGUAUGUAACUGUACAUCUAUUAUAAAUGUAAAUAAUGUUAAAACAUCUGUACUCAAUGUAUUUUAGAGAAAUGUAUUGUAGAUUUUUCCUAGUUAUAUUAAAGAAGAAAACCAACCAAAACAACAUGAAAACAAAAUAACCCAAAAAGAAGAUGGAAAAUAAACCAAUCCGUGUUUCUAAGACAUUUAAUUGUUAGUUUGUAAAUUUAAAGAAAGGUCUCCUGUGCUUUGGGAGUCGAAAGAAGAAAGAUGAUAAAAAUUAUGAAAAAGAAAACAAAAUAGUCUGAGAGGUUCAUGUUUACGAAAAAUAUUAUA